AUGGUUUUAAUAGUUUCUACUGACACAACAAAAAAGAGAAUCAAUUCUCUCACAAUGGAGCUGAUGGAAGCUAGGAACAAUUUGGAUGCUAAAAACCAGGAGUUAAAUCUCCUACAAAUUAACUCUGAAGGCCAACUGAAGGCGUUAGAAGUGGAUCUCCAGGCAGCCAAGGCAGCUGUUUCUUCUCUCGUUGACAGGAACAAAGACCUGGAGGAGCUGCAUCAGGAGACAAAAUCCCAGAAUGACGAGUCUGAGAAUGAAAACGCUCGAUUAAAUGCGGUGAUCCAAGAAUUGAGGGAGGAGAUCAGAGUACUUCAGAGAUACUUGGAUGAAGCAAAUGACCAGAUACAAGAACUUCGUUUGAAGAUUGAAGAGAAGACGGUGGAGAACACGGCUGCUGGUUUUCAAAUGGAAAAACUAAAUCAACUAGAGAUGCAACUAGAGCAGCGAACUUCAGAACUGGAAACUACUCGGGUUUUGCUGAGGCAAAAAGAGGAAGAUGCCCAGAAAUUCCAGAAGGACCUACAGGCGUCGAAAGAGGCUUUACAGGAAGCGGAGCAGAGAUUAGAGUACCAAGAGACGGAGUUAAAGUUGGCAAAGAAGGCAGUGGCUGACAUGGAGAAGCAAAUGAGGCUGACCAGACAAGAAGUUCAGGACUCUCAGGCAACAGUCCGUCAGCAAGAAGCAGAGCUCGCCAGACUGAGAGAGGUGCUCAGGAGGACCGAGAGGGAGCUGGACGAGAGGGUGGCACAUCUUGAACAGAGGUGUCUGUUCUCUGAGGAAGAAAGAAACAAAACUCAAGAAGAAGGGCUCAGAAGAAUAGAGGAGCUGAAGAUGGAGCUGAACUUGUUACAGCAGGCUAACAGAGAUGAGAAGAACAGACAGAUUCAGCUUGAGCAAGAACAUGAGGCGCUUACUGAGGAGCUGACGAAGGAAAAGGCUCUUGUGGACUCUUUGACUACACUGGUGGAGCAGGAAAGAGAGGAGUCUGAGCAGCAAAUGAGACAGCUGAAGGAGGAGAUGGAGGAGAUACUGGGAGACCUGGCUGUUAUGGAGGAGCAAGAGCUGAAGAGGCAGGAGGUGGCAGAAAAAAGUCAGGAGGUCAUCGAGAACUUGCUGCAGGAAAAAGAACAGCUGAAGCGACAGCUGAACAGCCUACUGGAGGGCAGUGAUGGGGUAUCGAUGACAGAGCUGCAUUUAGCAACAGUGAGAGAGCUCCAGGAGGCAAACACAGACUCCCAGAAAAAGAUGGAAGAUCUUGUCUCGGAGCUGGAAAGCACCAAAGAAGAUCUAAGAGGAGCAAAAGAAAGCCGGAGAGAGCUGGAAGCAGAGGUGGAGAGAGUGACCCGGCAGCUGAUGGAGGCAAUGAACAAAAUGGUUGAACAGAAAGAGGAAGAGGUCAAAAAGCUGAAGGAGUGGACCAACAAGCACCAGGAGAGACUGUUGGCUGAAGCAAAAGCUGAGGAGAAUUCAAAAGUUCUGCUGGAGGUUCAGGCUCGCCUUGCACUCAGACAGGAGGAGAUGAAGGCCGCAGAGGCGAGCCACACGGCUCAAAUGGCACAGCUUCAGAAGGAGCUGCAGCUGCAGAUAAAUGAGAAGGAAGAGACACUGAGUCGUCUCGAGGAACAAAGAAACCAGAGUUUAACUCAACUCCAGCAUGAGAGGGAAGAAGCCCAGAAAGUCUUGGAGGAGAUGAGUCGGCAAAAAGCAGAAAUAAUCAAGCAGCUCCGAGAAGAACGAGAGGAGAAAGAAAAAAUCCACAAAGCUCUGGAGGAGGAAAAAGAAGCACUGGAAGUUGAGAGGAAGAACCACGAGCAGGUCAGGUCAGAGGUACAGAGUCUACACGCUGAGCUUGAGAAGUUAAACGAGGAAAGAGAGAGUUCGCUGUCUGAGGUGAAACUUCAAGAGUUCAGCCGUGUGCUCGAAAACCAGCUAAACACCGCCGAACAGGACCGAGAUCAGUUUCGGGCUCGCCUGGACGACACCGAACAAGAGAAGGUUGGCCUCCAGGCCCAAUUAAACCUCAUGCAGGAGAAGGCACAGGCUCUGGUGCACGAGCUGGAAAACCACGGACAGGAGAACCUCGCCCUGAGGGAGCAAGUGGAAGUUCUGAGUCAGGAGAAGGUCUCGCUGCAGUGGGACGUGGAGGAGCAGCGACGGCAGCUCCAAACACAAUUAGCUGAAACACAAGAGACGAGCUGCUCGUGUGCUGAACUUGAGCGCUGGAAGAAACAGUAUGAGGAACUGUUUGCUAAAGUCAGACCUUUUCAGGAACAACUUAAUGCGUUUGCAGCAGAGCGGGCGGUGCUGCUUAAUGAGAACGGGACCAACCAAGAAGAAUUAAAUAAGUUAGCUAACGCUUACGCUAGCCUCCUGGGGCACCACAACCAGAAGCAAAAGAUCAAGCACGUGAUGAAGCUCAAAGAUGAGAACGUCUCCCUAAAGCAGGAGGUGUCGAAGCUUCGUUCUCUCGUGAGUCGCCAGAAGAGCGACGUGGAGCAGCUGAAAGCUAAGCUCCCGGGCACCGCACGUCGCAGGUUUGAUCCCAGCAAAGCUUUCCAGCACGACAAGGAGAACAGAGGAGCCGAAACAACCAAACUGCUUAAAGAAGGAAACUAUAAAGAACAAUAGAGCUCUUCUGGUGGACAAGUUCAGACAACUAUAAAGACAAAUCAUUUAUUUUGAGUUUUGUCAUUAUUUUCUGUCAAAGUUACAAGCUCUAAAUGUUUAAACUAUGCGUUUGUGUUUUCCAAAUUAAACUUUAUAUUGUCCCACAGAGUUCAUCGGGACUGCGUUUGCAUGCAAGUACUUUACAGAAGUCUAGGAACAUCUUUGGCACAGGUAGUUAAGUGUAUAACCAGGUGAAAAGUGUAAAAAUGUGUUCAACUAGAUUUUUCCUGUCUUUUUUUUUUUUAGAUAAUGAUAAUUUUAUUAACUUUUUUCAUGUGG